CAAAAAAAAAAAAAUAUCUCUUCUCCUUUUAUAAAAUCAUCACAAAUCUCAUGCAUAUGAUAUAUAGCUUCUCAAUAUCCUCUCAUCUCUUAGUACCUUGAAAACAGCAAAAAACUAACAUGGUAUCUCUUGAACAUGAACAUGAACCUGUUCAAGGUAACCUUAGAUCUAGUGAUGCACCAACAAGUCCUAGAAUAUCUUUCUCUGCAGAGUUUCUAGAUGACAACAACUUCAUCUCUAUAUGUCCAAAUCCUCUUUAUUCAGAAAGAGAUCAAGAGAAAGAACAACAUGAAAAAACAAAGAAUAUCACAGAUCAGUUUGAGUUUCUGUCAAACAACAAUAUGAGUAACAAUAACACAGUUUUAUCAGCUGAUGAACUUUUCUUUGAUGGUAAAAUCCUUCCUUUUUGGCAGAUGCAACAUCUAGAGAAGCUCAACAAGAUCAACAUCAAAGAAGAACAACAUGAAGAAGUUGAAGAAGUGAUUGAAGUUGUAGUGAAUUCCAACAAAGAAGAUAAUAGUAAUAAUAAUAGUAGAGUAAAUUGGUUUGUUGAUGAUGAUCCAUCACCAAGGCCACCAAAGUGCACUGUUCUAUGGAAAGAGUUAUUAAGGUUGAAGAAACAAAGAGCUUCUUCAUUAUCACCUUCGUCUUCUUCAUCAUCUUCAUCUUCGAAUGCAAGUUCGCUCGGCGAUGUAGCUGCUAAAGAAGGUUCUAGAAACAAAGAGAAUCAACAUGUGAAGAGGAUAAAGAAAGGAUUGGAGAGAACAAGAUCAGCUACUAUUAGAAUUAGACCAAUGAUUAAUGUUCCAAUUUGUACACAAAUGAAGAACAGUUCUUUGCCUCCACUUUUUCCACUUAAGAAGGGUAAAAUAUUAGAGAGGUAAAAAUUUCAAAGAUUAUGCAGUUCAAGUUUGAUUCUCAGAGUUUUGAAAUAAGUUUGUUAAUUCUGUUAAUUUGUUUUAUUUGUUUAAUUUCAACAAACUAUGUUAAUGUUGCUUGGUAGUAGAUCAUAGGUGUUAAUUUUGUACCAAAAAAAAGAAGAGAAAAUAGGUGUUAAUUUGGUUGGAUCUGAGAAAUUAUUAGAAUGUACAUUCUGACUUGUAUAAUCAUUGGAUUGUGCAUGCAUUUGCAUUGGCUUGA